AGUCUGUACAAUAAGCGCGAGAGCACAGGCAGCCGACUAGCUUUAUCGAUUGGAUGGACGGCAGGCAUCCCUCGUUCCGUCGCCUAGCAACACACUAUCAAUGGAGCACCUGGUGAAUGGUGCGAAAGUCUAUUCGGCCAGCCACUGCUGGUCCUGUGUCGCCAACGACAUCCGUACUGCACAACCCACAACCCUGGCAUGUGCCUGCGAGCGCUGCAAUCGACUCGUUUGUCCACCAGCCUUGUGAACGUCCGACAGGUCGUCGUCGUCGCGGUGGUCGGCGUCGGUGGGCUCUACCUGUUCCAGGCUCAGUUCCGAACGAAGCACCUUCCAAGCAAAGCGAAGCUCAAACCAUUCUAGCGGGCCAGCGCAUCAACAAACCCUCGACUUGGAAUAGGUACCUUCCACCUCAGCUCGAGCUCUCAUCAUUCUCACCAAGAGAAGCGCAUGCGACAUCACACCUCACCAACCCAUCCCGUAACAAACACCCACACCAGCGAGCCGAUCAUCACAGCAACAACGUGGGUUCUUCUCGUUACUCAACCGCUCCUUCCUGCAAGAGGCACAGCAACUGCCGGCAUCCUUGCAGCUGUGCGACCUCCGUGAGAACUUGUCCCGCCACCGACAAGAAACAACAUUGCCCAAAUUCCAAUCGUUUGCACAGCGGCACGACGGAAGAGCGCAGGGCCGCCGCAACGCCCCACUGCUGAAAGUAAUGUGUCGCCAACAACGCGCCGUCUGUGUUCUGCUUGGAAAUUAAGAUGGGCGUGGACUCUCGCCGUCCGCCGCUGCCUGCGCCGACUGAGUCGAUGGACGAGAACGACACGAGUGGAGGAGAUACCGAAGUUGCCACGAAUGUCACCACGAGAACCGAUAAGACGCACUACACCAUCCCCGAAGACGGACGACCAAUCACGAUUUCGACGCAGAAGAUCACUUCGGGCAGCAGAGAGGGUGGCAUUGGCAAGCACGGAAGACAGAAGAGCCAGACGAGUCUGCUCAUUGAGUACUUCGAGGCGUCCAAGACGGGGGACAAGAGCCGGAGUAGACCCAGUGUACGAGUGAAAGUCACACCCAGCUCUGCGAGCAAGGGCAGGACGGGAAGUGAUAGUGUGCAGAUUACGUCAAUCGGCAAGGACCGCAAGGCUUCGUACACGAGAAGGAUAGCGCUUCCUGGAGGCAAGCACCCAGAGGCUGGCAUUGCGUCUGGACAGGGUACAGAGCUGAGUGGCUCCUCUGGAAGCGACAUAUCUGGGCUACCGCCUGUCGAGAUCGAAGUGCUGAAUCAAAGCGAGGUGCCGCAGCCGGACAGGUCCUCGCGUGGACUGAUGUAUGCGCCAGUCGAAUCGAACGUGUCGUCUAUGCCACCGGACAGCAUGCUAGAAGGCGAGAACUCUCUUCUGGAGAGUGAGGUCAGCUUCGACGACGCCACGCCUGUGAAGGAGACGACAUAUCUGAGGACACCGCAGAGAACCGGUAGUCAGAGCAGGACCAACAGUCGCGACCGCAUUACGCAAAGGGUCAUGGAGAAACUUGGUGCUUCGGCGACUAAGCCUCGCAAAUCUGGCCAGUCGAGCCAGGAACCGAGUGAGAAGGAGUACGGUUAUGAGGCGCAGACGCGCGAGCGGCGCAGGCGAUCAUCCAAGUCCCAACGUUCAGAGGACGAUGCUGUGAUAGGUGCAGAGUCAAGUUUGCUGUCAAGCAAAUCCGAUAGAUCCUAUCGCUCAGGAACUUCGCAAGCACGAAGCAUGACUAACAAUCCGAAGCUCUUGGAGAUGGUUGAAGACACCAUCAAACGCAUGAUCCUGCCUGAAUUGAACCAAAUGAAGGCAGAGCAGAAGAUUGACCGCCAGCUACACAAGUAUGAUGACAGCAGGCGAGGCUCGAUUCCCGACAGCACCGCUAGCCUGGAAAGGAGAGUGAGCAAGUCAUCCAGUACGCCACAUCUGCCAUCGAAGCCCAAGGUUGUUCUCAAUCGCGAUGGUGAUGAUCCAGGAGUCGUUCUUUCGCGUGGCGAUUCUGAGCGAGUGAAGCAUCGCAAAUCCAGCCGCGAGCACUCGGAAAAGCACUCCAGUAGCCGACGAUCCUCUGGAAGGCACUCUCGCGAAAGUAGCUAUGAAACGGAAGAAAGGCUGCAUAAGAAGUCAAGCAGAAGCACCAAUGGACUUCGAGGCGCUGCAGCUGCGGGAUUGGCCAGUGGCAUCCUUACUUCUGCAGCAUUGAAGCAUCAUGAUUCUCAGGGUGAUCUCAGCGAACGCCGCAGAAGGCGGACAAAGUCGCGAAGCAGUCGGAGCCGUUCUGCUAGCAUCAAUGAAUCCAUUGACGAAGGAUCUCUACAAAAGGAGAUUAUCCCAGCAAUGCCAAUGGCCAGUGCGAUCAACGAGUCGGACGUCACGCGAGAAAGUCUCCUGUCGCAAGGCACUGAUCGUCCAGCCUCACGUGCUUCGGGAGAUUCGCGCACUCCAAUCAGGGAAGUCUCGCGUGGGGCUGUGGGCGAUGCUACGUCUCCGGCUUCCUCUCGCACUCCGACCCGACCAGGAUCGCGACAAGACAGGAAUAUUGGAAUGAGCCUUACGAAUCUACCACUUCACAGCCCAACCUUGGACAGUCCAACACUUGAGAGUCCUGUCAGCGCGAAAAGCCCGAAUGGCGGUAUCUCGAACAAGGAACGCCUUGCCGCGCUCGCUGCAGCAGGGCUUGGGGCAGCAGCGGUAACAAAGAGCUCAGAGAGUCGCCAUGUGGAUGCGGAUGGCUACGGGGACAUUGCACCUAGGCGAACCAUCAGCAACGGUAGUCCCGUGCAGAGCGUGUCUAGUCUACGUAAGACGUUCGAGGACGACCCGCUCAUCCCUCAAGGAUUGCGGCCAAAAAGUGCAGCGUCGCGCUCUUCUGCUGGUCGUUUGCGCGAAAGCCAAAGAUCGCAAUCUUCGCUUCGUUCAGAAUCCUCACCUACCACGCAGAGGCUCGCACAAUCUACAAAGCACUCGCGCGAUGCUAGCUUGGAUGAAUUCGAAACACCUGCUGAGCGACACGAGGAAUCAUUCUGGCGUGAUGGUACAGGACCACCUGCUACCGAGAGUGCAGAUGAAUGGCUCGAACAGCAGCAUCUGAUCAAUGACCAGUAUCGCGACUCCAUGGCAACAAAUCGCGACUCCUAUCAGACCAAUCCGUACCCCGAAGACUCGAAACGCUUCACCAUGUACACGGAUGACAGCUAUCUUGAUCAUCAGUCUGAUGCCGGUGGAGAUGGCGAGCAUGGAGUGCGCGACAUCAAUGGCGGUGGCCUUGUACCGAAGUACAUUAACACUCCAGUCGCAGUGGAGUCUGCAGUGGCAUCGUUGAUGGAACCAUCUACAGUCAGCAGCAACAUGUUUUCUUCCGCGAGCAGUCCUCGCAACUCGAGAGGCACAUACAGCGACCGCAUGGCAACGCAACUCCAAGACUUGGGCAAAGGAAAUCCAGCACUUUACAACGGCCCGACCUUGAGUGAGAGCGUCCCAAGUCAGGAUCGCUGGGCUGCCAUUAAGGAUAAUGCGCGCAACCUUUCAGAGCAGUCCCCGGCACAAAGUCCCGCUGGAGACCUGCACGGUGCAGACGACAAACCUGUCAUGACCGCGAGCGGCCUUCCACUUGCGGAAGAUCCACUGCCAGAGAUCGGUCACUAUGACUCGCAGUCCGACCUUCAGACCAAUCCAUCGAUUAUACAUGGACCACUCGGUGGCGAUGUCACUGGUAAGUCUACUUGGCCGUACACUCCAGAGCCUGGGAGUAAGCGCAACAGCACCGAUGGGUUGGGCAAGGGAGCUAUUUUGACUGCGGCGGCCGCAGGUGGUGCUGCUGCUCUUGCAGCCACUCAUGCCGCACGCCAGCCUAAAGUCGAAGAUCCCGACAUUGAUCGAGAGGCAACCCCUACUGGUCGUUCUUUCCGCGACGAAGGCUACGUUACUGACGGGCGCACUCGGUCCGGAGGCCGCCUCACCCCUCAGGCCGAGCGGUAUGGUAAACAGGAUCUGGAAGACUAUCAUCGGGCCAUGGAUGCGCAAGACGUGGGUGACGACGACAUGUUCUCCUCUCCAGGUCCCAGGCACUUGCGAAAUGUCAGUGGCAACUCCCAUGGCAUGGACUCGCCUCUGUACGAUGCUUCCACGGGCAAAGGCAUGGAUCGUAUCGAGUCCAAGGACAUUGUAGCGCUCAUGGACCACUUGACUGUACGGGACGCUCAGCGCAAUGCCCGUGAUACCGAAAUUCUGGUCACCCUUGUGCGUAGUGCCGCGGAAAUGCGCUCUUCAUUCGAUGAAAUGAAGAAAUUCAUUGCGGAGCAAGACAAAUUGAUCAUGCAGAAUACUGACCGCAAUGCCGAGCUCACUGCACAAAAGGUGCUCGGCGGUCCGCGCCCACAGCCUGUCCAAUCGCCGCGGACGCCUCGCCGACAAGGUACCUUUGAACAAGAUGUCCAGACAAAGCGGAAAGGUGUCCUGAGCCGCGCUCUUAAGGGUCUGACAGGAGGCAAGAGCGCCAAGGACCUUGCCAGAGUUGAGGAUAUGCUCAUGCAGAUUCUGGACAACGUUGAAGACCUGAGGCACCAGCAGAGUCAUAAUGCAACCCUCGAUCGCACCUAUACGAUGGACAGCCUAGAUACGUACGAGAACAUGCGCGCAACCCAUGACUCUGGGUACGAGCCGGAAGGUCAAGCAGGAACAUCGAGUACGCCAAGCCAGUCGGGCCACUUUCCAAUCACACCUCGUGAGAAGCAGCAGUUCCACUCUGGGUACGAUGGUCGCCGUGGCUCCGACAAUCGUGUCAGCACGGUGUUGGAAGAGAGCGACACUGAACUCGAGCCACACGAAGCACAUGUACUCAGCCAUCAGUUCGAGAAUAAUGAGCUGAUGGUAACACCUACGCAGGAGCGGCAACGCAACCUAGGGCUAUCGCCGAAUGGUACUCCUCCUUCGCAGCCUACUGCGGCAGCCAAUAAUGACCAUACACCAGAAAAACAUCGGAAGCACAAGAGCGCCAGCUCCUCCUUAUUCGGUAUGAGUGUUCCGAAAAUCUCGCGUUGGUCACGUACUACAGCCUCAUCUGCAGCACCGGAUCCAGCAACUCUGGACAGCCCAAAGCAGACACGAACGGCGAAAAAGUCAUUUGAUUCUUCCCGGUCAUCGCUGGACGAUUAUGAUGACGAUGAGGAUUCGUUACGCUCCAGUGACACCCUGCCACGGAAGCAGGAUCCCGCCAGCCAUCAUGCCCAGGCCCGCAGCAUCCGCAGCCAAGCCAGUAGCAGGCUGACCCGGACUCCGUCUCCGCUGAUACCAUCUGAAGCAUCUACCAAGCAACGUGCUCCGUACGAUUACGACGGAGCAGGGUCGCCUAUUCAGGAAGACGAUGAUGCGCUCUUUGAUGACCCCAAGUACCAAGCGCACCGCAACUCGCUACUCUUGCAACACCCUCAGCCCCGACAGGGAACCACGUCGCGGCACCAGAACACAUUGGAAACACAGGCUCAAUCCUUUGACGACCCAGCAGGCACGAAUUCCGACCUCUCACAGCAGACGGUAAGCGACUUUGAUCCAUCGGCAUGGGGCUCGGCUGGCACUGCGGGCUUGGCACGCCACCGUCUUACCCAAGCGGAACCCAUGAGUCCAGUGAGCAUGAGCAGCAAUGACAAGUCAGGAAAGCGCAGAGGCAGCGACGAUGCCGAUCCGCUCGUCCCACAGCAGAAAGCUGCCGUGCCUCCCAAGAUCGACUACGAUGAUCCGGACGAGUGGGAGGAGCCACAAUACAGCAACAGUGGCUUCAGCAAAGGUGGAUAUUACUCUUCUCCGUAUGGCUCGGGCCAUUUGUUGGAGCCGAUCGAAGAGGUGAGGUAUAGCUUGGAAACGGAUAGCGGAAGACAUCAGAUGUCUCCGGAGCCACAGGUGGCGUCUGCCAAGGCCGUUAAUAUAUCCAGCCCGGCAAGGAAGGGUGGUCUCACAGGACCGCGGCCCAUGGGUUCCCCUCGAACUCCAAGCAAUGGCAAGCCAGCAAGGACGGAUCAUGCUGGACCCAGUGCUGCUGCUGCUGUGGGCACAGUGAGAAGGAAGCCAGUUCCUGGCGCACUCAGCCAAGGUACGUCUUCUGUGGAGAGUCUUUACAAUCGCAUGUAAAGGGCUUGCCCGAAGCGUGCCAGAGAAAGGGUUGCAUUGACUUACCAUGGUGUGGUCUAUAGGUUCCCGUGACAGUUUGGACAGUGAGACGUUUUAGCGUGUCUGUCCUAUGCUGCUGCUGCUGCGUACGGAGCGAGCGCCGGCGUUUCGGAAUGUUGAAGCAUUCGUUUUACACAGAGAUGAUAGCACGAUCGAUCACUGAGGAGGCACUUGCGUACGUACAUUAGGGUGCAUGGCUGUUGAAUUGGAGCGUAAGGUACGGUAGAUGGACGUACCUCUUUUGAUUGCUGUGCACCAGUCAGUUCGCAUAAGUAGCAGGCGGGGGUGACCUGAAGAGAAGGUACAGGUACCUUAUGUACAUGUAGUACCAACCGUAAUGAGUUGUACAUAGGUACCAGCACGUGUGUAGUCAGUCGAUGGCUCCUUCCCUUG